AUGCUGCAGGGCCGUGCAAAAGAGGCCUGGGCUAACCUGGGUGAGUACAAGAACGCCAUCCAUGCCUGUGCGCCAAAAGCACAGUGGCAGCGAGCCCUCGAGUCUUUGGCGGAUCUCUGCAACAAGAGGUUGAAGGCGAACGCAAGGGUGCAUGGUGCUGUCAUCAAUGUUUGCAGGAGAGCUGCCAAGUGGCAGAUGGCCCUGGCCCUGCUUGCGCAUGCACAAGACAAGAAUUUACUCCUCGACGUUGUGGCCUUGAGCACAGCUGUGAGCGCCUGCGAGCGGGGUGCUAAAUGGGAGCAAGCGUUGGGAUUGCUAAGCUGGGCGGCGAAGCAAAUCGUGCAGGUGGAUAUUAUUCUUUGCAAUUCUGCAAUCAGUGCGUGUGAGAAGGCUGGACGCUGGCAGGAGGCGUGCCUCCUUUUGGAAGGAGUUGAGAACUUGCGUAUGCUUCCAAAUGCUGUCACUUACAAUGCGGCGAUGAGUGCUUGCAAGGAGGACGGGGAGUGGCGGGCUGCAAUGGCUUUGUUGAAUCAGCUGCAUGAUUGCCAAGUCUUGCCAACGGUCGUAACUUACAAUGCUGCUAUCAGUGCUUGUCAGGAUCCUUGUGCAGAUGUUUGGUGUCGUGCAGUUGCACUGAUCGAAGAGAUGGAGGCCCGGCAACUGCAGCCAGACCUGGUCACUUACACAUUGGCCAUCUCUUCUUGCCAGUCCUCGAUGGCGUGGAUGCAAGCGCUUGCCUUGCUUGACGAGGUGGACAGGCAGGGGCUUCAGCUGGACAUCGUCGUGUACAAUGCUGCCAUCAGUGCCUGCGGCACGGCACGAUGUUGGGAGUUGGCGCUUCACAUGGUUCAGGAAACAGAAGCGACAUCGCUUGCCCCAGACGUCGUGACUUUCAAUGCCGGGAUUUGUGCCUGCCAAGGAUCAGGUUUGUGGCCGCUCAGCUGCGAUCUUCUCCAGCAGCUCGAGGGCCGACAACUGAGACCAGAUGUUUUCACUUACAACCUGAUUCUCCGCGGCCUGGAGGAGCAAGACACUCAGUGGAGCCUUGCCUUGGAGGUGCUUUCUCAGGUUGAAACAAAUGGCCUGCAACUGGACGUGAUCUCCUAUGUCUCUGCAAUAAGCGCCUGUGAGCGCACAGGGCAGGCUACCAUGGCCCUGCGACUUCUGAUGGAGAUGAGGGCUCGGCGACUGCAGAGCAUCAUAGCGUUGAAUGCCGCAAUCAGUGCUUGUGGGCGAGGGGAGCAAUGGCAGCAGGCCCUUCUUCUUUUUUCCGGUGCGGAGCAUCAUCAACUGGCUGUAGACGUGGUGACGUGCGGCGCAGCGGUCAGUGCGUGUGAGAAGGCUAGCCAGUGGGUUCAAGCUCUGCAGCUUCUUUCGUCUGCCCAUGGGGGUCGGCUGCGUCUCAACAUCGUGGCGCUGAGUGCAGGAAUUAGUGCCUGCGAAAAAGCCGUCCGAUGGGAAGAAGCCUUGUGGCUGCUGGUCGAUCUAGCAGUCUGGCAGCUGGAGGCCGACGUGACCAGCUACAGCGCGGCCAUUAGUGCGUGUGAGAAGGCCGCGGAGUGGCGACGGGCUUUGCAGUUGCUUUCGCAGGCGGCGGACCAAGGACUACAAGUGAACCUGAUCACCCUGAGCUCGGGACUGAUGUUGGAAGAGGAGUGCAGCCAUCAGCUCGUGCGGGCAGCUUCCUUGCAACGUUCUUCUGUUGAACUCCUGAACUGGAGGCGCUUCUUCGCAGAACGUGCUUUCGCCACUACGGACCCGAAUCCCAUCCCUGCCUGUGAGUCCUUUCAGCCGGAACGUGGAGCGAUCGGACUUGAUGACUUGAAGGCAUCGCAAUGGUUGGGUGCCCUGCACCUUCUCGGCCGAGCAAGGGAAGAAGGGUUCCAACCUGGCGUCGUCGCUUUCUCUGCUGCGCUGAGUGCCUGCCAGCAGGCGGGUGAGUGGCAGCACGUGCUGCAUCUUUACACAAAGAUGACUGCUUCUGCCUUGGAGCCGAACGUGGUCACUGUGGCCUCUGCACUGGCCUCCUGCGAGUCUGCGGCGCGCGGCUUCGAGUCGCUGGUACUGCUGGCCAGGUGCUUCAAACUCGUCUCCUGCAGCCAAAGCUCGGAAACAAGUGGUCACGUGACCAAAACGAGGCUGUUGUCAUGUGGCUUGGGGGCGGAGGCGAUCUGGUCGCAGCGGAUACGGUCCCGCCCCGCCCCGCUGCACGGGAGAGCCUCGCAAGGCUUCCUGCACCAUUACAGUGCAUUCGAAGCGAAGGAGGAAGCGCCACCAAGAUGCUACAACCGUCAGGGCCAGGUUUGCAACAUGUCCUCACUGCCGGAAGACGAGGACAAGCAGGCUGCCCUGGACAAGCGCAUGCAGCGCCUUCAAGCAGACACGCAGCUCCGGCCGCAGCUGUACCUUGGAAGCCAGGACGUCAUGAGCCAAGUUGAUAAGGCGAAUGUGCUGUCCGCCGAAGAGCUCAAGAACAUGGCAGCCAAUGCAGAGGCCUACGAAAUGGCACACAUGGAGUUUGUGAAGGCUUACAUGGGCUACAGGAAGGAGCUCCUCAAUUGGAAGUCCGCUACCCGCGGUCUGGAGGACGACUAUGCCCUGCACUGCCGUCCCUUCCACGAUGUCACGAUGGAUUGCGAGAGGAAGUGGCGUUCCGCAAUGCGAAUGUCGGCAGCUCGCGAGCCUUUGCCAGCCUGCAUGGUUGGAGUCGUCACGCCCUACGUGCGCCACCCACGUCCUCGUCAGAGCUGGCUAGACUGGCUCUUCUGUACGCAAAUUCCAUCCGAGGGCGGCUCUGUGGGUCGAUCCUACAAGCAAAUCGACGACAUCGAUGUCGGCGAUGACUUCGAGCUCCCAGAGGGCAACAUAGUUCGCGGACAGCUGCUUUUCAAGAAGCACUGUGCGCAGUGCCACACGAUCCGAAGAGAUGGCACCAACCCGUACGGCACCCUGGCUGGACCCAACCUUUAUGGCGUCAUGGGGCGAACGGCAGCGAUGAAUCAGCGUACCGGUUGGGUCAAGCACUCAUCGAAGCUGGAAUCCAGUGGCAUUCUGUGGACAGAGAGGAACAUGAUGGCCUUCCUGAAGAAUCCCCGUGCCUUCGCGGGAGGGGUCAUCAACAUGAAUUUCCGCGGAAUCGAAAGCUGGCAGGAUCGCGUGGACAUCAUUCACUACCUGCAGCGGGCAGGACACGAGUCUUGGAUGGUCCAGGAUGGCACCCCGCACUCGCAGAAGCAGUGGUGGACUAGGGGCGUCUCGGGGCCCACCAAGAACUACUGGGAGGUCAAUGCCACCACCAAGCAGCUGAAACCGUGGCAGCAUGCCUGGCGUGGAGUCACGAGGAAGGUGGAAGAAAGGAAGAAGGCGGUCAUGGACAGUCUUGGCUUCGAGCAGCCAGCAGUGGCUAUCAAGCCGGGGACUGUACCGGAGAACCUGAAGGACGACAGCGACCUCCAAACCUGGCAGCGGGUCAAGCAGGUCGAGGAUGGCGUGAAAGCCGCAUCUAUGCAACGCAGCUUCAAUUGGCCUCCUCUCGAGGCGUUGUGCUGCCUGUGA